GAGUGGGUGUUUCUGACCGGACAGGGCGAGGCGGGCUUAGCAACGGAAGGGGACGAACAGGAAGAGCAAGGGCCGUGUUCGCAGGAGGGGGAGAUAGAAGGCGGUGUUUAUUUCCCCUAAUUUAUUUAUUUACUUAUUUCCCCUCUGCUUGUGCUAACAAAUGUGUUCUGUUUGUGCACCGAGAAACAUUCGUUUCGGUUUACCAGCGUCAGUGGCUAUUCUUUGCUCCACUUCUCUGUAGCGUCGCCUGCUCUGCAGCCGCGCAGGCUUACAUACAACUUCCCGUCCGAGGAACACGACGAGACGAGGGUCCAGAGCUGCAGGAAAAGAAUUAGCUGUCGGGUGAAGACGUACGCGUUUGCUGGAAAACCGACCUCCCUUAAGGAAACUAGAAAUUGUUGAAAAUAUUGGGUCGUAGAGGGUGUCUUGUGGCUUAUUUUCUUCGAGUGAGUUACUUGCAUUCCUCAAGCGGCGUUACUGUCAGGCCGGUCACUAAAUACAGGCUAACCCGGGGAGUUAAUGGGAGCCUUGCCUCGAUAGACCUCCUUUCUCCCCCCGACGGACCCUCGCUCGACAUUGAUUCGGGCGCUGUCCUCACCGGGGGGUGUUGAUCUGAACUGUUGCUCAGACUGCGGGAGGAGGGAGACCCCCUACCUCAGCAGUCGCUCUGGCCGGCUAUUGUGGAGCCGUAAUAUGGCAGGAAAUCUGAAGAAAGGUGGGGGGCUUAUUGGCAUGAUGAAGGACGCUUUCCAGCCCCACCAUCACCUCCACCACUCCCAUCACCAACCAGGGGCCGUGGACAAGAAAACGGUGGAGAAAUGCUGGAAACUAAUGGACAAGGUGGUGAGACUGUGCCAGAACCCCAAAUUAGCGUUGAAGAAUAGUCCUCCGUAUAUCCUGGACCUUUUGCCGGACACCUACCAGCACCUCCGCACCAUCCUGUCCCGCUACGAGGGCAAGAUGGAGACGCUGGGAGACAACGAGUACUUCCGCGUCUUCAUGGAGAACCUGACCAAGAAGACCAAACAGACCAUUAGCCUCUUCAAGGAAGGCAAAGAGCGCAUGUACGAGGAGAACUCCCAGCCUAGGCGGAACCUGACCAAGCUGUCGCUGAUCUUCAGUCACAUGCUGGCCGAGCUCAAGGCCAUCUUUCCCAACGGCCUCUUCCAGGGCGACAACUUCCGCAUCACCAAGGCCGACGCCGCCGAGUUCUGGAGAAGGUCCUUCGGAGACAAGACCAUCGUGCCAUGGAAGGGUUUCCGGCAGGCCCUUCAUGAGUUCCACCCCAUCAGUUCAGGCCUGGAGGCCAUGGCCCUCAAGUCCACCAUCGACCUCACGUGCAACGACUACAUCUCCGUCUUCGAGUUCGACAUCUUCACCAGGCUCUUCCAGCCGUGGUCAUCCCUACUGCGGAACUGGAACAGCCUGGCAGUGACCCACCCGGGCUACAUGGCCUUCCUGACCUAUGACGAGGUCAAGGCUCGUCUCCAGAAGUUCAUCCACAAGCCUGGCAGUUACAUCUUUCGUCUGAGCUGCACGCCUGGUCAGUGGGCCAUCGGCUAUGUCACGGCUGACGGUAACAUCCUUCAGACCAUCCCCCACAAUAAGCCCCUCUUCCAGGCCCUCAUCGACGGCUGGGAAGGCUUUUACUUGUUCCCUGACGGCCGCACCCAGAAUCCAGAUCUGACGGGUCUGUGUGAACCGUCUCCACAGGACCAUAUCAAAGUUACCCAGGAGCAGUAUGAGUUGUAUUGUGAGAUGGGCUCAACCUUCCAGCUGUGCAAGAUCUGUGCCGAGAACGACAAAGAUGUGAAGAUCGAGCCCUGCGGACAUCUCAUGUGUACAUCGUGCCUUACAGCAUGGCAGGAGUCAGAGGGCCAGGGCUGUCCGUUCUGCCGCUGUGAGAUUAAGGGCACGGAGCCGAUCGUGGUCGACCCCUUCGACCCAAAAGACAACAGCGGCUGCUCCUAUGGAGGGGGCCGGGGCAACUUCGGCGCAGAGGGUGCGCCGUCCCCUAGCUACGACGACGACGACGACGACCGUCUGGACGACCCGCACCUCAUGAUGAGCAAACUGGCCUGCUCCAAGGUGGAGCGCCCCCCCUCUCCUCUCUCCAUGGCCCCCCAGGCGUCCCUGCCUCCGGUGCCUCCGCGGUUAGACCUCCUGCAGCAUCGCGUCCCCAGCGCCCCUGGCGCCUCCAGCCCAGGAGCCACAUCAAAGGUAAACACCCACCGUCUCUCUUCAGAUGCAUCAUGGAAAGAUGUGUCUCAUCCCUCCCUGCCCCCCAGGCCUCUCCCAGCGGUGAAGCAGCUGCCGUCGGAGGAGGGGGCUCAGAGUGACGAGGAGUCGGACUACAUGAUGCCCAACUCGCGGCCCGUGCUGCCCCCCAUCAGCUCCUCCUCCCACGUGGAGCCCGCACCCAGGCCCCCUCAGGCCCCCGUACUCAACUCCAGGACGCUGUUGAAUGACUUGGACUCUGACGGGCAGCAGAUGUACGAAGCCAUGUACAACAUCCAGGCCCAGGCCAUCAACACUCCACUGCCACAGCAGGCACGCGAUUCUGACUACUCAGAGCUGCCCCCCCUGGCGAGUACCAAUGGCCCCCGAGAGCGCGAGCGAGACCCUCCGAGCGAGGAGGAGGAGAACAGCUACGACAUCCCCAAGCCGCCCCUGCCCAUCGCCCCGGCCCGACGCACGCUCUCUGAGAUGGGCAGCUCCUCGGCCAACUUCAGCCGCCUGUCUCUGGACAGCGAUAUCGGCAGCAGUGCUGCAGCGUUCUCUGACUGCGAAGCUCCUGAACGUCCUCCGAAGCCACUGCCCCGCCGGAUCAACUCGGACCGGCGCCCGAGCCCCGUGCCCCCGCCCACCCCCAUGCCAGUGCUGCCCUCUCUGCCCUCGCUUCCUGUGGCAACAGCCCCAGCCUUCAGCAGCGAGAUCGAGCACCUGAUGAGCCAGGGCUACACCUACCAGGACAUCCAGAAAGCCCUGCAGAUCGCCCAGAACAAUAUCGAGAUGGCCAAGAACAUACUGCGCGAGUUCGUCUCCAUCCCCUCCACCGCUCAUAUCCUUACAUAGCACCCUCUCUCUCCCUCACACACACACACACACACACACACACACACACACACACACACACACACACACUCCUCCAUGCUUCUGGCAGGAUGACCCCUGCUAAAAGCUUAUCCUCACUCCCCAGAGCGACGCCGUUUGUUACCGUGGCGAUGCAUUGUUUUUGCGCACACGUGUGGUGUAGCCGCCCGCGCCUCAGCCUGCCUGCUUCUCCGCUGAGACUGACCACCAGGCCGCCUGGCUCACACUUGGCUUGAGCUCCACAGACUGGCUUUCCGUGUGUCUGUGUGUCUGUGUGUGUGUGUGUGUGUGUGUGUGUCCCAACACACAUAUCAGGGUUGUCUUCUGCAUCACAGUGUUUGUAGAUCAAGUAUUGAUGAGGACUAUUUCUUUUUUUCUUUCUUUCUUUCUUUCUGUCUGUUUUGCCCAAAAGUUGUCACUGGUUGUGAAGUCACCUCAAGGCAAUGUGUCAUGGAGAAUAACAAUUAGAAAUGUGUAUCUGUGUGUUAACAGUAAGUUAAUAUAUAAACCAAAACGGCUACAGAUGAUAUAGCUUACACCGCUUUUGGUGCAGUCCCUGCUAUGGGAUGGACAGGUUGUGGGUGUGUCAGUGUGUGUUUCCAGAAUUACGUGAACAGCAAAAAUGCAGAAUCUCCUAGAUGUCACAUGUCCAUAGAGCAGAGGAUUGUGGGAUUGAUCCAAGCCUGACUUGGUCUGGGUCUGCCAGAUCAGUAGUACUGAUUCCUCCUGGCUAGAUUCGUUUUGGACCUAGCGUCCUUUUAAUGUGCUGGGUCGGUACUCUCUGUGUGUGUGUGUUUGAACUGUGCACUGCUUGUGUUUAAUGUUCCUGAGCAUAGAGAAAGCGUUGGCAUAGAGACCGGCAGUAGCCUUGAAUCCAUAGCCUAGACCCAGCAGGUGUGUAGAUGAGUGUGCUCACACUGUCCCCUCUAGAAUAUGCUGUGGGUUGCUAAACUUGCUCACAGUAUGAUGUCCACAAGGAUGAAGAAUUGACCUCUGGUAGCUGUUUUCCACCCCCCUCAAGUGUGUGUGAGUGUGUGUGUGUGUGUGUAUGUGAGUGAAAGAGAGCGCGAGUCUUUCAUUCAGCCAAAGCAUAGCACAUGGUUUAUGAUGAGGAGCGACAGCCCUGGGUCAGUGUGAGUGUGUGUGAGCUUUUUGAGUGGAGAGCAGGACAAACCUCAAACCGAAAGAAAGACUGCCUGUCCAACAGACAGCCCAGACUUAUGUGAAGAUGACUGGUGGAUUCUACCACUCCAACCACACACAGACACACACACACAGACACACCUGGCCUGUUCCUCCUCACCUCCCUCAACAACUGCCUCUGAAUGUCUCAUUCAUACAACGACAGACUUUUAACAGCCACCAAACAGAAGACCGAAGGAAAGAAGGAACACAAGGGGAUGAAGAAAAUCCUCUUUUACUGCUGACCGGCCGGGGUGUGGUCAUGCAGGGGUCUGUCUGUGGAGAAACAGGACGUGUGUGUGUCUGUGUGUGUGUGUGUGUGUGUGUGUGUGUGGAGAAGCAUUAGAGAGAAAUGGAAGGAGAAGAGGAGGAGGAAAAGGAGAAAGAAGUAUUGUCUGACACGACACAGAGCUAUUCUGUGCUCCCAGUGUUCAGUGUGGGAAGGGGAGGGGUUCUCUAUCUGAAGUUGUUCAUCUUAGUGAAUCGUCAUUGAUUACUUUAAUAUAUUAUUGUUAUUAUUAUUAUUAUUGUUGUUGUUGUUGUCGUUAUUAUUAUUGUUAUUAAUUCAGAAGUGCUUUACUGCUGCUGCUAUUGUUAGUGCUAAACUAUUAAGCCUUAACUGUACAUUUGUGGAUAUUGUGUUUAACCUUUUUUUUAAAGUGGCAGUAUCUCUAUUGGAGUCAUGUAGCAUACUUGAAAUUGAUAAGCAGCUUGUGCAAAUACAGGCCCAAGUUGACCUUUUUUCCAUCUUUUUCUGUGUGUGCGUGUGUGUGUGUGUGUGCGCGCGGUGUUCGUUUUAGUGUCUGGAUAAUUGCACAUCUGGUACCUCUCAGGUACCCCUCAGCUCUCAGAAGUCAGUCACACAGAGUUAGGAGCCAUGCAAGAGCAGCCAUAAGUAACCACACACACACACACACACACACACACACACCCUUCUCCACACUCAUAAGUGUGUGUUCUUCACUCCACUCAUAACUGUGUGUGUGCUUCAUAUUUUAGUUUCUUUUCCCACUGCUUGGUAAGAGCUGUCUGGUGUAGUCAGUCGAGACGCCAUAUGUUGGGGAACUUUGCACUGACACCAGAGAUAUCUGCGUUUCUCUCUCUCUCUCUCUCUCUCUCUCUCUCUCUCUUCUGUAUUCAUGGGAAUGUGCAAAGGAGCCGUCUGCAGAACGGCAACAGAAUGCCCCAGACUUAGUAGAGUCGGAUGUUGUUGAGUGUUCCCCUGUCAGGUUUGGCUUCCAGUGAACUCAUCUAAUCAUUAAUACUGGCUGUGAUUGCACCAUGUGAAUUAGAGAUUCUGUAGUUUCAAAUCGAAACUUUUUAUCUUUGUGUCAUUUCAUUCAUUUAAAUACUGUACUUGUUAUUGGUGCGUGUGUGUGUGUGUGUCCUCUAACAUUUUUUGGCACCGCAUACAGAUACCAUACAGUGCUCUGAUACUGUCACUUUAAAAAUCAAAAGUGUAUAGAGUUACUUAUAUAGAGAGUUUGUGUAAAUGGCGUCAUUUUGGUUUGAUUUCAUUUUGCAUUCCUGUACAUGUCAGAAUUUUAUUUUUGUUCAAGAUUUUGUUUACUGAUAAGAAUUAUACUGUGAGCAGUGCCAUAUGUUAAGUGUGUUUUUUUUUUUUUUUUUUUUUUAUAAAGAAAAGGCCUUUCUUUCCUUUUAAGAGUGAAUGGUUUCUGGUUGUUUCUGUGCGUCUCUUGCCUGUUCUCACGUCUCCAGCAUCUUGGUUCUGUAAGAAGCUGGCUCUGCUUGAAUGAGUCUGGUUGAGUGUUUCCUACUCUGACCACAAGAGGGAGCCCUAUGCUCCCCCAUCACAUUUUAACCCAUGAAUAUUAGAUGCCUGUUUGUGUUUGGUUUUACCUAAUGCUUGACUUUGCCCUCUCCUUUGGUGUUCAUAUCAAUAUGGACGUGUUCCCAGUACUGUCAGUCAGAUGUGUAGAGUGGGUGAUUUUUUUUAUUUUUUAUUUUUUCCUCUUUCCUCAGUCAGUCCUCAUAGGAAGGUACGUUAAGUCAUUGAUAUGGUACAAGAUCAUCGUGUGUGUGUGUGUGUGUGUGUGUGUGUGAGUGUUUGUUCCAUUGCUGCUCUCUUCCUUGGCAGACGCGUUUCAGGUGAUGUAGUAACAAAGUGAAGGGGUUGUGCGCGCGCGUGUGUGUGCGCGAUAUUUUACUUCAGCAAUGUACACACAACGUUCAUGAAUGUCAGUCAUGAUUUCUAUCCGUUAAGCUUGCGUAGCAACAACCUUAGCAGCUCCAGUAACGGGUUAUUUCGCUGGGUUGUCGCACCCUCGGCGUGGCCGAGUGGAACGGAGUGGAGUGUAGCGGUACACUGAAGGAUGCCCUCUGCAGUAGCCUUACGCCCUACCUGUGUGCUUGCAGCACCUCUGAUGCCAAUCUGUACCUGUGCCAUACUUCUGUUGGAAUCACUUCAUAUUUCACAUGAGAGUGUGUGUGUGUGUGUGUGUGUGUGUGUGUGAGAGAGAGAGAGAAAAAGAGUGUGAGUGAGUUUCUAUCUUUUAAAAGCCUUUUUUUUUUUUUUUGCUCUGUGUGUCUGUGUGCGGACUUCUCAGCUCGGUUCUCAGAUGCUCAUCGUGUCGCAGUGCGCCAUGCCUUGUAUCAACAGUUGAAAUGUACCAGCUUGUCUGUGUCAGUGUGGAUUCACUUCCGUGUCUUUGGGUUCAGAGGGAGAAGCCAAAGGACCCGUAGGGGUGGGUAUUGGGGUGGGGUGGGGUGGGGGGGGGGGUACUGAUAUGUUGAAACCUGUAAAGUGGGGUUCUAAACUGUUGGUCAUUCUGGACUGGUCUUCAGCAUCGAGCUCUGAAACCUCACUCCGCUGAAGACGACUUGUUGAAAUGAAUUAUAUGAAUUACUGGGACUUCGCUCAUCCGCAAUGUCUUGUUAAUAUGAAGAUGAUAAAUUUAAAUCUAUUGACAGUUUCUGUGAACAGGAGACUAAUAGGGAGUAAUGAGAAUGAAUAACACGUUCACCUGCAGAGUACAAAGUCAUGGAGAGCAGCAGAUUUGCCUUGGUUUUGAUUAUGUACAUUUUCUUCUUUUUUUUUUCAUUUGUCAACAAAUAAAGACUAAUGUUAUUUAUUAAUUGUCCAUGAUGUACACCAACCCAGAAAAAAAGCAUAUAAAGUCAUUUUAAUUUUGAAAUUUAUACAUCUGUUAUUAAAGCAAUUUUUAAUAAAUGUA